UUUAUACUGUAAUGGUUAUGUUUGUCCCUCUGUUUUCAUGUGUUUGUUGUACUACACUACUAGUGGUUGUUGAAAACAUUCAUUUUUCAUGUGGUUUUGGUUUCUUUUUCUUUUCUUUUUUCUUUUUUGGUUGAAUGGGUGUUGCUUUCUUUAGAAUUAAGCUUCAGUCCUUGAGUAUGUUUUUAGUUGGUUUUUAAGUGUAAGUUGGCGUUUGAGGUUUGCAAAGUUCAAUAAAGUCACGAGUAUGAGCGGUAGGAGAAGCCAUUAAUGCUUGCAUUGGUUAGAUUGUCUACGUCACACGCGUGCGGAUCUUCCCGACCUUGCGUGAACGCGGGACUUUGUGCACCAUACUGUUUUUUUUCUUCUGUUGUUUUCUGUUUUCUGUUAUGUUUAGAUAGUAAAACGAGACUUGUUAGAUCUAUUCAGUAUAAGUAACUUAUUUUGAGAAAAAUUAUCACCUGAGAACUGAAAUUUCUUUAUUUUUUUGUUUUUCUUUUACUUCAGCAAAAAAGUUAAAGUACAAGUACAUAAAGUAAUCAACUUCUUAUCAGCUUCUAAAGUGGAGGUUUAGAUAGCUUAAAAUAAGGUCUUAUUUUGCCUAAAUAUUAGCAGAGCUUAAACUUGUUACGUUAUGUAGUGGGUUAUUUUUAUGAGAUCUCCGUAUUUUUAUCAACACAGCUGUGAAUUUGCUUUCCUUGAGUCGAGCGUCUAUCGGAAAUAACCUCUUUAUCUUCACAAGAUAGGGGUAAGGUCUGCGUACACACGUAUGAGAUUACACUGUUGUUUGUUAUUUUUAUGAGAUCUAUGUGGAUAUUAUAAACUUAAAAAAAGAAUCAACAAAAGAUUUCCCAUUAUGUGUUAAUUAGUGUUCCAUAAAGUCAUUAGUGAUUACUAUGUUAAAUGGGACUUUUCAAAUAUUUUUGAAAUGUGGUUCUAAUAUCAUUUUCUUAGGCAUAUAUGAUUUUGUCCAAAAGUGUUAUUGCUAUACAGUAUAAGCACAGGAGUAGAAAUGAAGUAAAAGGAAAAAAAAGAAUUGAAUUUAGAUAUGGCUUACAUAAUGACAUUUGUUUUCUUAUGUUGAAACUUCCUUUCCAUUUUUUCUCUUUUUAGUAUUUUGGCUUCUUGCUCUUGUAUUGUAGGUUUGGUUGGUGGUAGUGGAGGUAGUUUGUAUCUGGAGUUCCUUCGAAGGGAUGGUGUUGCUGAGAGGAAAUUAAUAUGCAGACACCAAAAUCAAGGAAUAUUUCUGUGGAGGUGCCACAAAGGAAAUCUCCAGCACCAAAAACAGCUCGAAAGCUUAAAACUUCAGGGUCAGAUGCUGAUUCAUUGUCAGCUCCAAAUCCAGCUACCAGUACACCUAAUGAGAGGGGUGUCAAAGUUGUUGGCCGCCGUUCUCCACGAAGUCCAGUGGUGGAGAAGAAGCAUCCAACCAAAGUUACUGACUUGGAAACCGAGCUUGCUCAACUCCAAGAUGAGCUGAAGAAGGUAAAGGAUCAGCUCACUUCAUCCGAGUCAUUAAAGAGGAGGGCUCAAAUAGAGGCGGAAGAAGCUAAGAAGCAGCUUGCAGCCAUGUCAGAAAAGCUCGAGGAGUCCGAGAAACAACUAGUUGAGCUCUCAGAUUCUGAGGAUGCUCGAAUCCUGGAACUACGCAAGAUUUCACAAGAUCGAGAUCGAGCAUGGCAAUCUGAACUCGAGGCUGUCCAGAAGCAGCAUGAAUAUGACUCCGCUGCUCUUGCUUCCGCCAUGAAUGAAAUCCAGAAGCUUAAAAGUCAAUUGGACAGAGUGGCUGAUUCUGAAGCCAAUCAAGCUCGCCACGCUGAAUCAGCUUAUGCUGAGAUUCAAAGCUUAAGGGGAGAACUUAUGGAGACCCUUACAUUGGUCGAGAAAUUGAGAAACCAGCUAAAUGAUAGCAAAGAAUCUGAGGCUUGUGCACUUGAAGAAAUGAGUAAAGCUCAGAUGCAGCUGGAAGUAGCAAAGAUGACCGAGGAUUCUCUACGUUCGGAAGGUCUAAAAGCAAUGGAGGCUUGCAAAUCCUUAUCAUUGGAAUUAGAACAGUCAAAGAAUCAAGUAGCUACAUUGGAGGAACUUGUCAGUGAGCUCCAAACCGCUCAAGUUACUGCAGACGGAGUUAAUGAGGAAGCCGAGGAACUCAAAACUGAGCUCAGUAAUCUAAAACUUGAGGUAAGCCAACUGAAAACUGCAUUGGAGGUUUCGGAAAGAAGAUAUCAGGAAGAAUAUAUCCAAAGCACUUUGCAGAUUAGAAGUGCUUAUGAGUUAGUUGAACAAUCAAAGUCUGAAUCAGUUCAGAGAGAGGCUGAAUGGGAGGCGAAGUUAAAGGUUGCAAAAGCGGAGUUGGAAGAGUUAAAGGAGAAACUGAUGAACAAAGAAGCUAAGUUACAAAAUAUUUCGGACGAAAAUAAGGAGCUAAAUAUGCAAGUUGAGAAAAUACAGUCUGCUGAUAGAGAAUCUGAAUUAGUAGCUGUACUGAAGGAAUCAGAGUCAACUUUGGGAGAUUUGCGGGCGAGUUUAUUGGACAAAGAGACAGAGUUGCAGAAUAUUAAGGAGGAAAAUGAGAUGCUGAAGUCAGAAAUCAAGAAGAGGGAAACCGAGGGUAGCAAAGUAAAUGAUGAAACUCUUGCUGUGGCAGAAGCCGCGAGAGGUGUAGAAAGAGAGGCUCUGAUGAAGUUAGGACAUUUGACAGAUGAAGCAGAUGAAAGUAGCCGAAAGGCAGCACGUGUUGCCGAGCAGUUGGAUGCAGCACAGAAUGCUAACUCCGAGAUGGAAGCCGAGUUGAGGAGGUUAAAAGUGCAAGCUGAUCAGUGGAGGAAAGCUGCUGAGGCAGCUGCAGCUAUGCUUUCAACCGGCAACAACGGCAAAUAUGUAGAGAGAACAGGUUCUUUAGAUUACCAUACUAUUGGUGGGAAGCUGGAUUCUCCAUUAUCUGAAGAUACAGAUGAUGAAUCGCCAAAGAAGAAGAAUGGCAACAUGUUGAAAAAGAUUGGUGUUUUAUUGAAAAAAGGCCAGAAGUAGAAGCUUAUCUUGCAGGUUGCUAUUAAAUAAUCACUGUUUGAUUUCUCUAUUACUCAUAGUGUAGUUUAUGUUUCCAGUUUUUGUUAAUAAAUCUACUAUAUAUCAAUCGCUUAGCGGAUUUUUGUAUAGCUAUUUGGAAAUUAAUAACACUCUAUGAUCUCAUCUGCAAAUACUGUAACUGUGUGUUUCCGAAGGAGGUUGUAAGUGCUGUACUUUCUUUUGGUUACAAUUUCCUGUUUA